GCGUGCGCUCGCUGGCUGCCACUUGAUAUGCUGACAGCCCUGCAAUUUUGACAAGUGAUAAAUGUCUGUGCUGAUUGUUUCAAUAAAGAUGGCUGACGGUGAGAAAGAGGAGGCUAAAAACCUCCAAAUAGAAUUUGAGUGGGUACUACAUGUUGAGGUACACUCAGUUCUUAAGAAUCUCCACACACUUCUUGUGGAAUGUGCACAUCGCUUUCCAGUGCCAUUGUAUGGCAACGAUGGACGAAAACAGGACAAGUUCAUAUUGACAGUUCCACAAGAUCAUCUGAAGUGUGUGGUAACGUUGACGGGUGAUAGUAUAUCCCAUGCUGACAUUAGUUUUAAGGUACAAAGAGCGCAAAACGCUGUUCAACGAACGUCCAUCAAUCAAGACUCACCAUGGAAACUUCAACAAGUGCAGGACGCCGCGAAUCAUUUACAGCAAGCCAUACAUCACAUUGACAAUGUAGACAGCUCGUACCAUUUCAAAUCAUCCGAUGAAGUCUUACACAUUUUGAGCAAUAUUUUAGGCGCAUUGCAGCGAGGUCGAACGGCGCUAGUCAUUCCCAAGAAGAAACCGAUCGACGAGCUCAUGAAAAGUAGAAAUAUGAAAUCACUGGCACCAAACCUUCCAGACGAUUUAGCAAUCAGUUUUUAUUUACAAAGCCAUAAAUUGAUUUUUGCUGUAUAUCAAUUGACAAACAUUCAGGGAACUAUGAAAUUUGAUUCCUGCCAAGCUGAAUGCUCCGUUCCAUGGCUGAACGAGGUUCUAGUAUUGUUUACAGUGGCGCUGCAAUUGUGUCAGCAAUUAAAAGACAAAAUAUCGGUAUUUUCUCAGUAUAAAGACUUUACAGUAGGAUCUCGAUCGCCGUCAGCCCUAUCUUACUAAAAAAAAAAUGAAAACAACAACAACAACAAAUGAAACGUGAAAACGAAACCAAGAGCAUGCACACAGAAUUGUGGCGGUGUAGUGAUAAUAUAAUGCUAAUCUAGAUAUCUUAUGAUUUAUAUACACUUUUUGUUGUCCUUCGUUUCCGUUUCGGUUUCAAAUUUUUUUUAUCUUUGUUUUGGUUAAUAUCAUCAAAACAAUUUCGAUAUCGUUCGAAAACCGAUCCAGCUGAUCUAUAAAUCGCAUGCAUCGAAGGAAACAGUAAGAUCAUCUAAGGAAAAAAAAACAAACAAAUUUAUGGUAUUGAACAAUAAAAGAAAAAUGGAAAAAAUAUCGUACACAUAUAGGUUAAGAGAAAAACGGAAAAUGAAGAAAACAAAAAAUAUUGAAAAAUCUCAACAACAACAACAACAAAAAGAAACAUGAUGUGCUCGAAACGAAAAACCAAUGGAUUUGAUAGUGAUCUGAAUAUUUCUAUAGAAGAACAAACUUCGAGGAAAUAAUUAGCAGAAAAAAAAACAAUGGAAAUAGUCAAGUGGGCGUCGAUGAUUAGAUUAGCACAAAUUUACCAUAGCUGAUUUUAAGUGCUCCCCCUGUGCUAAUCUAUGAUCGACGACUUCGGUUUGACAUUUGACAUAUUUUUUUUUUCGGAUUUGCCUUCAAUUUUCUUUUGUUGAAACAACCACUGCAAUGAGAAACGUUGUCAACACGGCAUAUCGCCAGCUUAUUUAGAUAAUCAUGCUAAGAAUACAAAUAAUUUCACACACGUCUACAUUUAGAAAAAAACAAAUGAAAUCCACUCAGCAUAUUUAUGCAAAUCGCAUCGCAUACUUAAUCAUUCAUUUUGCAAAAAACAGCAAACAAAUAUGUAAACCAAUUGUACAUAACUUCUUUUUUGAUGCAAAUCAACUAUAACAACAACAACAAAACAACACUUAUGAUUUUAUUAAUUUAAUUAUUAUUUAUUGACCAAACUAUUGUACAUAUAAAAAACAAAUCAAGUUAUUGUCUUCUUUUUUCUUAUUAUUAUAAAAAUAAUUCUUGUUUCUAUGAACUACUUAUUUUUUUAAAUGAUUACUUAAGCAAUUUUUAUUUUUGAUCAAAAAAAUUCGAUUAAAUGAAACCCAUAUUAAAUUUCAAAA